AACAUUAAAAUUUUGCAUAUUUUUUCAUCAGAUAUUUCUUGAUAUUUACACGAUUAAAAUAUUAUUAAUAGCAGAAUUUAAAAAUGCCGAUUUCGGCACUAGAUGUGAGGACAGCAAAGCUAAUUACUACCACGCAAAUAAUAACUUCAGUUUAUUCUGUGGUUAAAGAAUUGGUGGAAAAUGCACUUGAUGCUGAUGCAGAUAAUAUUGAAAUCAAUCUUGUAUGUAAAACGGUUUAAUCUCACAUAUUUACAUGUAUGCAUAUAUGUAUAUUUUUAAGUUAUUUAUUUUUCAAGUCGGUCACAUGGCUUUGUUUUCCCUAGGUUGAUAAUGGUACAUCUUUAAUAGAAGUAAAGGAUAAUGGUCAUGGUAUAUCUAAGGAAGAUGCAAUGUACAUGGGAUUACCUUCCUAUACAUCUAAAAUAUCAAAUUUUGAAGAUUUAGAUACAUUAGAAACAUUUGGAUUUAGAGGAGAAGCUCUGAAUGCAUUAUGCGUGGUAGCAGAAGUUAUUGUUAUAACAAAAAUAAAAGAAGAUAAUGUUGGGACUAUGUAUGUAAUGAAUCACAUUGGGCAAAUUGUGAAACACGAAUCAUGUCACAGAAGUACUGGAACUACUAUACAAGUGAAAGAUUUAUUUAAACAAAUGCCUGUAAGGAGACAAAUAAUCACUAAUACAAGAAAAGCUAAUCAAGUUAUUAAAUUAUUGGAGACACUAAUGCAUUGCUUUAGUAUAUGUAAACCAAAUGUACGAAUUCAAUUUAGAGUGAACAACAUUCUUUUAUUUACAAAACCAAGUUUAAAUAAUAUUAAAGAAGCUGUGAGUCACAUACUUGGUAGAAAAAUUAUGUCCAUUAUGGAAUGGGUUGAACCCAAGAAUGCAGAAUUUAUUCUGCAAUUGAUGUUACCUUCAAAAAAGAUACAAGAUCUAUCGGAAGUUUCUCAUCCUGAUUUAAAUUUUAUUUUUGUAAAUAAUAGACCUAUUAAGCAUAAAAGUCUUCAAAAACUAAUAAAUAAUUUAAUAUUAGAAUAUUUUAAACAAGAGUCACAUAGAAAAAAAAUCAUUUUUCUUGUGUACAUUAUUUUGAAACCAAUGGAUAUUGAUGUUAAUCUGGAACCAAAUAAAGAUGCCAUUCUUUUUAAAGAUCAGAAUAAAAUCUUUGAUACUGUAGAUAAAUGCAUAAAAAAAUAUUAUGGACUUAAAUCUGUGGAGUCUGUUGAACAAAAUGUAUCUAAUGACACAUCCACUGGUUAUGAAGAUUAUACACUUAAUACUAGCGAGGAUGUUAUCGAUACUGAAUGGCCUGUAUGUAAAAAACGAAAAAUUGAUACUCAAGAGAAAGUUAAUCAAGAAAAAAUUAACAAAGAAAAGUCAAUGCUUAUGCCAAAUAAUGGACAUGAACAAUCUCCACAUAAGCAAAAUAUUGAUCCAAUUCCAGAUCAACGGCAUUAUAAAGAUGCAUUAGCUUUAACAACUCAUAUGCAACCGCCGAAUUUAAGUGAUUCUGAUUCAAAUGAUACCUUUCCUAUUAUAAUUUCGUCGGAUAAAACGGCCGAAGAAACUGAAACUUUGAGUCAAUUACCUGUUGUAGAUCUUGGUGAAGAUUUUGACUUUAUAGGAGGAGAGAUUAGAAGCUCUACGAUAUCUGCAAAUGAAAACCAAGCUAAGUUAAACGAGAAUCAAGAAAAGAAACAAAUUUCAUUAGAGACAUGGAGUAAAGGGCAUAUCACAGGUCUCAAGGGAGGUACAGAUAUAGAAUCUGAUAUUACUAUUAGAAGACAAUCCAACGAUGACUUAGUCAAUCAGACUAAUGAGAUAGAAUUAGAUAGAACACAUAUUGAUAAUAAAGAUCUUAAAUUUAUAAAACAUGUAAGAUCGCAAAUUGCAAAAGAAAAUCCUACAUUAACAGCAGCUCAAACUGCAAAAAAAAUUACCGAAUUCUGGAAACAACUAUCAUCACAUGAACGUGGUUAUUACCGAGAUGUUACACAUAAAGAAGAAAAGGAACAUCAGGCAUGUAAAAAAGAUGAAAAAAGAGAUGAAGUGAAUAAGGUAGUUACAGAGGGAAAUAAAAGCAGGCUCUUACAGCUAUUUGAAAAAAUGAAGAAUACAAAAACCGAGAAGACAGAGAAAUUAAAUAUGAGAACAAUAGUACCUUGGACUAUUGACAGAGCUAAGAUAACUACAAGAUUAAAUUUUGAAAGUGAACAUAUAAUAGGUCGUUUGGCGCCUAAUUUAUGGAUUGCUACAAUUUGUGAACAAGUAUGGAUCAUAGAUAUUGUUGGCUUGAUAAAAGGCUUGAAAAUUUCUGACAUUGAUGUAGAUAAGGGUUUCGUUAAAGUAGUCAAAAACAAGCAGUACUUCAAACGUUAUCAAGUUAAAUUUAAGAGGCGUCGUGAAGGAAAAACUGAUUAUUAUGCUCGCAAAAGAUUAACUAUUCAAGACAAGAACAAGUACAAUACACCUAAGUAUAGGUUAAUUGUACGUCUCUCCAAUAAGGAUAUUACAUGCCAGGUUGCUUAUUCAAGAAUCGAAGGAGAUAGAAUUGUGUGUGCUGCUUACAGCCAUGAACUUCCAAGAUAUGGUGUUAAAGUUGGUCUCACCAACUAUGCAUCUGCUUAUUGCACUGGUUUGCUCUUAGCCAGAAGACUUCUUAAAACGUUGGGAUUGGAUUCCUUGUAUGUGGGUACCACAGAAGUGACUGGUGACGAAUAUAAUGUUGAGGGAUUGGACGAUGGCCCAGCUGCUUUCAGAUGUUAUCUAGAUACGGGACUGAUGCGUACCACAACUGGCGCCCGAGUUUUCGGUGCCAUGAAAGGCGCGGUUGAUGGCGGUCUCAAUAUUCCUCAUAGUACUAAGAGAUUCCCUGGAUAUGAUCCUGAUGCGAAGGCAUUCAAUGCAGAAGUGCACAGACAGCAUAUAUUUGGUCAACAUGUUGCAAAUUACAUGAAAACUUUGGAAGAAGAGGACGACGAAGCUUUCAAGAGACAGUUUUCACAAUAUAUUAAGCAUGGCAUUUCUGCAAAUGAUAUCGAGAAUAUAUACAAGAAAGCGCACGAGGCAAUCCGUACAGAUCCAGAACAUAAGAAGGUCGUAAGGGAGAAGGAACCCAUCAAGAAGAGAUGGAACCGUGCGAAAUUAUCUUUGUCUGAGAGGAAGAAUCGUGUGGCCCAGAAGAAGGCUGCAUUCCUCAAAACCUUGGAGGAAGCAGAAGUGUAAUUAUUCUUCGUUCAGAAUCAUGUUUAUGAUGUAUGCACAGAUUUGUGUGUAUGAAUGAAGAAUAAAGAAAACUCAAACAUAUGACAAAUUUAUAAAUUGUUAUUGAAUAUAUUAUUUACACACAAAA